AUGAACAGGUAACUUACACCAGAUGGUACAAAAUCAACGAUGAGAAGUACUAUUUUACCAAAGAUUGUCAAUAAAUCAUCAAAAUUAGAAUAGCAAUAGAGUAUUUACCAAAGUGUGGACGCAGAGAAGUUCUAAAAGAGAACAAAAAAUUUUGAUUUUUCUAACUUAUAGAGAACAAUUCAAACCAGCUAUUCAAAAAGCAGAUAGAAACAAAGGACGAUCCUCUAACCUUUAUCUAAUACGAUUAAUAAUCGAAUCUAGACUAAGUAACAGCUAAAUAGGAUAAUAAAUUCAUUGAUCAGAAUAAUGUAAAAUGAUGCUGAAUUUAUGAAUUCAUGUAAACAUUUACAUGUGAAUUCCUAAAAGUUAUCGUAGUUAUUACUUAUGCUUACUCCACUUAAUUUCGAGACUGAAGGAUUCUUCACAAUUCAUCGUAAGUUGAAAUAGUAAUAACAAUAACACUCUUAUUUUAUUGAAAUAGAUAGAAUGUUUUUUGCAGUUUCUAAACUCAACAUUCCUGUGCCACUGUAGCAUUUGAUGUAGUUAUCUCAAUAUAGUGAUUGUCUUUAUUAAGAUAACUCAUUUGGAAUGGUUGUGAACUACUAAUAAAUGUUAUCAAUCUUAAAGUAAGCAUAUCAAGUACAUAAAAAUAUGUAAUCUUAAUAAGAAUUGAGUACAACUACGGCAAGUGAUGAUGAGGAAAGAUUGUCACCAUCAGCUAGAAUUGUUUAGAGAUUAUUGUCUCGUAAUACUGCGAGAAAAGUUCAGUUUAAAUAGAAACGAUUGGGUUACAUCAAUGAUUAGAAUAUGGUGGCUUAUUAUGAUUCCUUCACUGAUUUGAAAAAGAAACUGGAGAGAGACUGGAAUGCAAAGAACUAUAUUUUUGGGUGUAUCAGAUUUGGGUACAUUGAUCUAAUUAAAUAUCCACAAUACGUCGAUCAUUAAACAAAGAAGGAACUCAAAAUAUUUGGGCAAUAGAGGUCAAAACUACCAAUAUCUAUGCAAGUUGUAUAUAAGCAUAAAUCUCAAGCAAUGAAUCAAGAGAAAGCAUUGAACAAAUUGAAUCUGUACCAACCCAAGAAUAUCUAUUAUGAAUCUUACACCAAAGACCCUGAUUUCAUCUCUAAAGUUUAAUAUUUAAAUGUAUAUAGUUUAUCUAACAAGUUUAAUUCUAUUUACACUUAUAAAAAUGAUUAGAUAACCGAUUAUAAUAUUAUGAAUUUGGACAAUAUCUGCAUCAAGAGUUUAUUCACAGAAUAGACAGAAUACAUCACAAAGGAUUGCGCCUUUGAUGAUUAAUAAGGGGGUUUUCAUAUUAAAAAGAGGGAAUACCGUCCUCUUGAUCUAGAAUAAGCAGAUUCAUCAGGGUCUGAGCCUGAUCUAGAUGUUUAUGAUCCCCUUUAUGUGAAGAGCAUACAAUCAUAUCCACAGUACUUAAUUGAAACUUAGAUUUAAUUCACAUUCCCAUUGCUCUACAGAUUCUAUUACAAUAAGAUGUUUACUAAUGCAAAGGUCACUCGAGAUAAUUACACAGAAUUGGUGGAUCAAUGCAAGAUAAAACCUGAAUAAUAAUUCAAGGAGAAAUUUGUGAAUGUCCCUAGUCCAGAUAAUUGCAAUUAUCAAAGACACAAAUAUAAGUAACCAGAGGUUGUAGAUUUAACUGAUGAAAGUGACAAUGAAAUUUAUGAACAACCUCUUGAAGCCUUAGAUAAAUAAGAUCUUUCACUUAGUUUCAAAGUGCAACCUCUAAUUAAAGAAGAAGAUUAAAGAGAACAUACUCAAUAUCUAAAGAGUCAAUCAUCCAUCAUUAUUCAGGAUGAAUAGAAAGUGAAUGAUAAAAUUCAAUUUGCUCACAAUAUUGCUAGACCAUUCAUUUGUUUAUAAUAUUCUUAUGCACUCUUAUUGUAGUUAAGAUUCCCAUUAUAAAUUCACAUGUAGAUAAUUCCUUCAAUAGUUGAAAGAGAAUUGCCCUUGAAAGAAGUGAAUAUUGAAGCAAGUACCAUCAUCAUUGAUAAUACUCUAACUAUUGAUUAAGGAAUCAAAGACUUGGAAUCAUACCCGAUAAUCGAUAUAGACUCUGAUGAGGAACCAAGUUUUGAUGAAAUGCCCCUUGAAAUUGAUCUACCUGAAUAAGUAGAAUAAUAGACAAUUGAAUAAAAGAAUGAAGAUGAUGAGGAAAUAACAAUUGACAAAGUUACUGAAUAUGUAGAUUUGGAAAUCAAAGAUAGUCUGACCAUUGAAGUGAAAAAUGAUUAUGUAAGUAGGCUAGAGAUUGAUGGAUAUCCUAUAUACUUUUAUUUGGAUGAACAUCUAAGGAAAACAGAACCAACCAUACACAAAGUCACUAUGGAAGGUAAAGAAAUUUAAUCUGUUCAAAUAAGUUGUGAAUAGAAAGGAUCUAAAAUUUAUAUGAAAUUAUUUGCAAUCAAGGCUUUAUGCGAUUAGAGAUUGGAAAGCAAUAUUGAGAAAAAAUAAAAUUAUGAAGAAGAAGACAAACAAGUUAAUAUAUAUGAACCUAUAACACUACCUGAAUAAUGGAAUCAAGGUUAAUUUGUCAUCAAUUUGUAUUACUUGCAAAGAGAGGAUGUGAAUUAGAAUGUUGAAUGGCUCAAAAAUGUUCUUAUUACUUAUUUUCCUUAAAUUAUUAUUGUGGAAGAUUAUAGUGAAUCUUUUGAAGCAUAUAUAUAUGGUGUUGGUCCUAAGGAUUUUAGAGAUGCAAAUGGAAGAACUUUGCUUUUUAGAAAAGACAUUGAGGAUUGGACUCAAUUUAACCAGGAAUUUCAAUUUAAGACUCUCCUAAUCUAUGAUACAAUCUGUUACUUAAUUAGUCUCUAUGGUUCAAUUGAUUAAUUGAGCUUUGUUUAGAAUAAGUAUAUUUCAGAAAAUCACUCAAAACAUACAAAAUCGAAAUUUGAAAAACUGCAUUUACAUCCAUACAAAUACGUUGAGAAUGUAGAAAGGGAACGAAUCAGACCAACCACUGGUUAUAGCAAAGUUGGACAAAGAAGAUAAAAUUAUUGAUAUUAUAAAUAUAUCUAUAAAAAUCCAAUCAUAAACUUC